UGAACACAUUUGACAAACACGAACGUGAAGGAGGCAGAAAGAAGCGUGUUACACAGGCUAAUAACGACUGGUUCAAGAUAUACGUAGUCUAUAUGCCAAAUAGCGUUUUGUUUGUUGUCAGUAUAUUUAUUUCCCAUUAAUUCAGUUUCAGAGAAAUAUUUAAUUCUAGCUUGCUAGCUCAGCGACGUUCAUAUCUGAGGGCGUCCGAUUUCCCCUCCUCUUCAGAGGCAUUACGAUGCCCUCUGAUUUCAUAUCCCUACUCAGCGCGGAUCUCGACCUGAAUUCCCCCAAAUCCCUAUAUUCCAAAGAAUCAGUGUAUGACCUUCUCCCCAAAGAGCUGCAGCUGCCAUCCUCUACUCAGCAAAACCCAGCAGCAGCCAUGAGCCAGAAGAGCGGUGGAGAGGCAGUUCCUCCUCCCUCAGCUGCCCUUGACUCAGAUGCCACCACCGUCUCCUCUUCUAUGACCAUGGGAGGCCCUCGCAGUGCUUUUCCCACCUCUUCCAGCUCCAUCGUGCACUCCACUACUUCAGCCACCGACCAGACCUCUGCUCAUACCGGCAUCGCCGCUCCAGACGAAGGUGUAAGUAGCAGAGCGGUGGCCGAGAUGCUUGGAGCCGAGGGCGGGACUGGCAACAGUGGGAGUGCUGGUGGCGGCAGGGCUGGCGGAGAGAAAGGAGGAGGGGCAGGAUCCCUAGGUGGAGGAGGAAGAGGGGGGGCAUCCCAGGAGGCCCAGCAGCACCACCAGAUGACCCCCUCCAAGCGGCGGACGGUGCUGAACAUCUCGCCUCCACCCGAGGACCUGUUUGACGACAGCCGCAUGUCCUGCCAGGAGGAUCAGCUCCAGGACUCCGAGCAGAGCAACAGCAUCUGGAUGGAUGACUCCGCCUCCAACUUCAGCAUCGUCAGCUCCAGCUCCUACAACGACAACACAGAGGUGCCCCGGAAGUCCCGCAAGCGCACCCCCCGCCAGCGACCCGGGCCCAAGCCUGCCUCGGCCGAGGAGGCCAGCAUGGACGUGUUUGAUGCAGACAGUGCCAAAGGGCCUCACUUUGUGCUCUCACAGCUGGGCUCAGACAGCAAGGCCUGUACCAAAGGAAGUUCGGCAGAUGGCUCCCAAACAACCCAUCAGAAAGGUGGGACCCUAGUGAGCCAGUUCCCCCAGAAGAGUGAGGGCAAGGAGCUGAAGAUCCUGGUCCAGCCUGAGACCCAGCACAGAGCCCGCUACCUGACUGAGGGCAGCAGGGGGUCGGUGAAGGACCGCACUCAGCAGGGCUUCCCCACCCUAAAGCUGGAGGGUGUGAAUGAGGCAGUGGUGCUGCAGGUGUUUGUGGGUAAUGACGCUGGGCGUGUAAAGCCACAUGGGUUCUACCAGGCCUGCAGGGUGACGGGGCGCAACACCACAGCCUGCAAGGAGGUGGACAUCGAGGGCACUACUGUCAUUGAAGUGUCCCUGGACCCCAGCAAUAAUAUGACCCUGGCGGUGGACUGCGUGGGGAUCCUAAAGCUGCGUAACGCUGAUGUGGAAGCUCGUAUCGGGGUGGCCGGCUCCAAAAAGAAGAGCACGCGUGCCAGGCUGGUGUUUCGGGUCAACAUCCCCAGGCCGGACGGCUCGGUGCUCACGUUACAGACACCGUCGUCCCCCAUCCUGUGCACCCAGCCUGCAGGGGUGCCUGAGAUUCUGAAGAAGUCCCUCCAUAGUUGCUCGGUGAGGGGCGAUGAGGAGGUCUUCAUCAUUGGGAAGAACUUCCUCAAGGACACCAAGGUCAUAUUCCAGGAAAAUGUGUCAGAUGAGAAGUCUUGGAAGGCAGAGGCUGAAAUUGACAUGGAGCUGUUUCACCAGAAUCACUUGAUUGUGAAGGUUCCUCCAUACCAGAACCCAGCCAUCGUGUCUACGGUGUGUGUAGGGAUCUACGUGGUGACCAAUGCUGGCCGAUCCCACGACGUGCAGCCUUUUACAUACACUCCAGAACCAGUGGACAUAUCUGUGAAGAAAGAAGUUCCAUCUCCAGGCAAGCCCUGCCCUUUUGAUCAACGGAUGAAAGUAAUUGAUGGUGCCUUGAUGCCCCCAAUGUUGCCUCUUGUGAAGAGAGAAGAGGUCACUCCAAUGGAGGUCUCCAGCAACCUCCCUUCUGCUGGCAUUUUCAAGCGAACCCCCGAUGUCAUGUGUUCGGUCCAGCAGACGCUGGACAUGAGUUCCAACCUUCCCCCCAACAACAGCCCAUUCUCCAACUCCUUGCCGCGGUCUGCCAGUGACCCUGAUGAAUCCCAAACAGCAGUCUUCAACAGUGCAGAGGCCCUGAGCACCAUACAGAAGCAGGACAUUGCUCCCACCAACUCCUUCCCCUUGCCUGCAGACUCUCUACUCCAACCUGGGCCUCAGCAGUUCCUCCUGGAGCCCAGAGAGGGGCUGGGGCAGGACAGGGCCAGCAACAACGCUGGGGCGGUAGGGAGGCUCAGUCAACAAGUGGAGGCUCCUCAACCUGCCCCCCAGCAACACCAGCUGCCCAUAUUCCCCCCAGACGAGGUGGCUCAACUGGAACAAGCAGUGAGACAACUGCAGGCCAAAGGGUACUGCAGCCAGCAGCAACAGCGACAACAGCAACAGAUUCAACAACAACAAAUUCAGCAACAACAGCAGCAACAACAACAGCAGCAACAAAUUCAGCAACAACAGCAGCAGCAACAAAUUCAGCAACAACAGCAACAACAAAUUCAGCAACAGCAACUACAGCAACAACAGAUUCAACAACAACAAAUUCAGCAACAACAGCAAAUUCAACAGCAACAAAUUCAACAGCAACAAAUUCAACACCAGCAGCAGCAACAGCAAGUAUUGGAGAACCUGCAGCAGCAGCUGUUUCAGUCACAGAUCCCCAUGCAAUGUGGCAUAUUCCAGGGCGGUUCUCGAGGUGAGAACACUGAACAGCAGGGUUCCCAGCAGGGCAUGGUGCAGAACCAUGGUUCCCUCUUUCAGCAGGCCCAACAGCAGCAGCAACAACAACAGAAACAGCAGCAGCAAGCAGCACUCUUUCAGCAAGCCAAUGAGAUCCUCUCCAUUCAGACCAACUUCCUCCAUCAGACCCCUUCUCAUCCCUCUCCACCCCUCUUUCAUAACCCCAACCCCCUGGCUGAGGCACAGGACCCACAGGGGGCACUGUUCCACACUCAGAAGGCCUCUCCCACCCAGGAGCAGGUCCAGGCAACCCUCUUCCAGAACACCCUGACAGUGUUGAGUAGGACCAGCCUCUCCCCAGAGCAGCCCCCCUCUACCGCCAACCUGUUCCUCCCCCAGAGUACCCUGCCCGGGCAGCUUUCCGCUAGCGGUAGCCAGCAGCAGCAGCUGGCCUUCCUCAGUGCCCUGCAGACCUCUGCCACUGAGCCCCAGUCAGUGUUCCAGGCUCAGACCCAGCUUUCCCCCAUCCAGCAGGGGACCCCCAUGGAGCAGCAGCAGCCCUCCCAGCCUCAGCCCCAGCCUCAGCCACCUCAGCAGAACUCCAUGUUUCAGAACAUCUCCCCUCAUCCACCUGCAAACACUCUCUCUCAGACCCAGCAGCAGCAGGCCAGCCUACUGUUUUGCAGCAACCCCCUCUCCACUCCAGAGCAGGCCCCCAGUCUGCUGUUCAGCGGCCAGGGCCAGAUGCCCCCCAUGAGCAGCAGCAGCCUGAACUCUCAGGAGCCCCAAAACUCCUCCAUGCUGUUUUCUCAGGCCAGCAUGGUGACUGUUAGCCAGCAGGAAUCCUCUGAGCCCAUGGCCUUCCAGGACCAGAGCCAGGUGGUGGGGAACCCCUCAGAGCCUCGCCAGCAGGGCCUGUUCCAAGAGCAGCAGCCCAUGCAACUGAUCACCAGCUCCAACAACGGCCCAGAGCAGCCCGUCUCCCUCUUCAUGCCCCAAUCCAACAUGGCUGCCCUGCAGGGUUGCAUGGCUGCCCAGGAGCUCCCGCAAACGGGCAUCUUCAGCACCCAGAAUGGGGUGGCAGGUCUGCAGACCACCACCUCCUCCCCUGUGCAGCAGCCAGGGUCUCUGUUCCAGACAGCAGUCAGUGGGACCCUCAACCAGCCCAGCGAGGCCCAGCAGCCAGGCCUCUUCCUCUUUGGGAUUCAGAAUGAGUGUGGCCAGCUGAUAACCUCUCCUGGAACCACUCUGUCUGAUCAGAUCAUUGCCAUCAGUCAGUCUGGUCAGAACCAGAGAGAGAGCGAGGCCCAGAUCCAGUCGCUGCUCAACCAGUCCAUGUCUGAGUCAGGGAGCAUGCAGAACAGCAUGACCGCCUCCCAGAACAUGGAGAAGAUAGAUGACCUACUUGUCAGCCUGCAGGAGCAGGGCAACAACCUCACUCGCUCCUACUAGGCCUGCUAUAGGUUUCAGGAGCCCCGAAGACCCCCAGUGUGGACCCCCAUUACAGACGGCAGAAGACCCCAGUGUGGACCCCAUUACAGAUGGCAGAAGAAUGGAAACAAAUUCAACAGUAUGGGCUCUUGUCCAAACUCCAAGUUACAUGUAAGCCUCAGCGGCCUUCUUCUCCAAGGACAGUCUUCAUGUGUAGAUGAUCCACAGUGGCGCCGAGCGGGGUACCAGUCCGCCACUGCAUCUAAACCUGGACCUCAAAAUAGGACAUAGGUUGUAGUCACCCCAUAACUGCAGUGUGGUCAAUGUAUCUGACAGCUAGUCGCCUCCAGCUGUUAUUGAAACAUGACACUAUGUAAUGUUUGGCUAACUCAUCAGUUCUCAGAGCAGCACUUUGCGGUGUGGUUUUAUAAGGAUGGCUAGCACAGCAUUCUAUCUUCUCCAGGACCAGAGUGUGGGCUCACAAUUGUUUAUAACGCAUUGUUGUCCUUUUUAUACGAUAUUAAAAGUAUUUUAGGAAAUAGCAAAAGAAAAUAUACAAUUUGUGAAAAACAAACCUUUAAGAUAUUUUGACAUUGGUUCUUUCAGCACUUUACGAUGCUUUCCUUUUGUGACCAUUUCCUCAUUAAGUUGGCCCAUGCAUUCACUCGUCAGCUGUUUAUCUCUCCUGCUGUUUACUGGAUGUACAGCUCGACUACUUUAUUACUCCUGCAUGUGUGUUGAGUUAUGGCUUUAGUUUUUUAUUGCUCCUUUCAUGAAACACCCGUUUAUCUUAUUGGCAGCCAUCUUCCCAUUACCCAUUCCUGAGAAUAACUCCAACUAUUUAAGUACUACACCAUGGAUUUCUUUCCCUGAUUAGACUCUGGAGUACGAGAGAUGCUCUAGAUUAGAGUCAAUGUGGAUCAAGAAAAAAUAAAAUAAUUCAGCCUUUAAAUCAUUAAUUUCCACUCUACAUAAUUAAAUAAUAGGCCUACAGUUUGAAUAAAUCAUAACCAUAUAUGCGUACCAUAUACCAGUGCGCACGGUUGUCUGAUUGAUGUAAUUAAAGAGUAUAUUGUUAUUUGUAUCAUUCUAUGGCAAGUGUAGAUAAUGUGUUGUUUUUUAGUGAUGUCUCCAUGGCAGAUGUUUGUAUUAGCUCACGUCUGGCACGCACGAACUAGACUUAUCUAUAGAUCAGAGAGGAGUUUUCCGUAUGUUUGUCUUACUGUAAAACAGCAACUCUCUUGCCUACAGUGGGCCACCCCAGGACCUGAGUCAAGGCCUCAAGUCACAGCCUCCUUUUUCGUCUUCAUGAAUGGCCAGUUUUAUGGCUCAUAGUGAUUGGUGUGUUCAUAUUUGUCGUUUGAGACUAGCCAUGUUUUGACAGGGAGAAAAUGGUGAAAGUGACUGGAGCAGUUAUUUGUUUUGCCUUGACCAUGAAUGGUGGUUUGUAGUUGAAUUAUUAGUGUCAGGCGUGAUAUACAGAUGUAGGAUCUUAAUUUGAUCACUCUUUUGUUGCUGAGAAUUUUCCUGCACCUCAAGAAAUACAAACUUGGAGUUUUUCUUUAUAUAUAUAUAUAUUUAGUACUUUUUACCCCCAAUUUCGUGAUAUCCAAUUGGUAGUUGGUCUUGUACCAUCGCUGCAACUCCUGUACAAACUCGGGAGAGGUGAAGGUCGAGAGUCAU